AUGGAGGUCUUGGUCGAGGCAGCGACUCAGGUGCCUCAGGGCUGCUUCGUCAGCGUUCGUCUUGGUGACAAUUUGAAGCAGCGCCUUGGCUCCAGGCGACGCUUCGACAAGAACGCGGCCAAGUACCACUUCCCCAUUCCGGAGGAGAAGAAGAAAGCGCGGAUCGAUGUCUACCAGCUUGUCGGCACCUGCUCGGUGCAGGUCAAAGUGAUCUCCUCCGAUCCCAGAGCAGAGGGCAUGAAGCUUCGGGUCAGCUCAAACGGCAAGGAGAUGAAGGCCGAGGACACACAGAAACAGCGACAGGAGAUCGAAGCCGAGACCAAGGACGCUGCUGUGGGGUAUCUGGCGAAGCACGGGAUCGAGCAGCGCCUUUCCGAAUGCCUCCGCACACUUCUGAGGAUGAAGCCCGAAGAUCCUGUGGAGUUCAUGUGCAAAUUCCUGAGAGCCGGUGUGCCUGGCGAGGAGCCAAAGGCGGUUCCCGAGCAAGCUGUGGAAAAGCCAGUCGAGAAGCCCGCGGAAAAGCCAGCAGAGAAGCCUGCCGUGAGUGUUGUGGAACCACCAGCUCCUUCACCAAAGCCAGAGCCGGCUGAGGCUCGGGAGGAUGCCCGCGCGGCUCUCAUGAAAUCCGUUCGUGGUGGCGACUUGAUCGGUGCCAUCGAAGAGGAUCAGGAGUCAGCAACCGCUCCCUUUACUCUCAGGCCAUCGGUCGGUACAUGGUACAUGCCUCUACCUUUGGAGACAGCCGAGAAGUCUUCGGAGCACCCUCCGCCGAUGGUGUCCUUUGGCCGAAAAGCAUCCAUGGAAAUGGUGGUGGAGGCAUCAGCUGUUGGUGACUGGCUCUUGCCGGAAGCCGGCAACCUCACCCUCAAAGGUUUGGGAACAUCAGCGGCAGAAUGCUGUGAAGUUGAGCGCAUCUUGACAAAUGCCCUCAUGGAGCUUGGUGGAGAGCUGCAGGGCGAGUACAUUCCCUUGUCACCCACCUUUGCAUCGCAGCCAGGAGGCAUCAACGAUUCGAUGAAGGCAUCGCUCCAAUCUAAACACCUGCUCUUCGACGCAGCAGACUUCGCUGGGAGAGGGGUUUAUGUCACGGAUGCGGAGGAUGUCGCAUUGUGGCUGAAUGCGAGCAAGCAUUUGCAAAUUUUGGUGAACAAGUCUGCCAAGAAGCAGAUGAUUCACAAAAUCGACACUGUGGUGUCUGCUUUGCAGGGACCUCUGUGCCAAGACGGCUAUGUGCUAAGUGCAUAG